AUGAGGACAACAUGGCUGCCAUUGGAGUCGAAUCCAGAAGUUUUUAAUGAUGUAAGUUUUGAAUUUCAUUUCGCGAAAACUUUCUUUACAUUUUUUAUAGUAAAAUACGAAGAGUAAAUAAGGUAUUCUUUGAUUAAAGAAUUUUCUUUACAAAAUUUUGAAAUUUUUUCUUAUUUUUUCAAAUGAUUUUCUCUCAGUUUAUGACCAGAAUCGGAGUCAAAAAGGCCACCUGUGUUGAUGUAUACGGAUUUGACGAUGAAUCGAUCUCCUUCAUACCGAAGCCACAUUUGGCAUUGAUCUUGUGUUAUCCUGAUUAUGAAAAGGUAAGUAAAAUACGGGGAAGAUGCAGGUGUCAAGUUAAAUUGGUAAAAAUUUUGUUUACAGGGAAAAUGGCGAAAACUUUUUUUACAAAACAAAAAAUGGCAAGAACUUUUUUUACAAAACUGAACAUGGCGAGAACUUUCUUUACAAAACGAAGAAUGGAACGAAUUUUACUUACAAAACAAAAAAUUACAAAAACUUUCCUUACAAACCAAAAUAUGUUUUUCAUCGUAUAAAAUGUCACCCACAGGCUGCAAAAUUCUUUCUUUGCAUAUUUUUUAAAAUUUCUUAUAAUUUCAGGUCCAAGACAUUAUGAAGCCAAUCUACGAUAAGCUAUUCUCCGAUGGCAACACGGUACCGGACAAAAUUUUCUUCAUGGAGCAGAAAAUUGACAAUGCCUGCGGCACUUUUGCUCUGUUCCAUUCGAUCGCUCAGAAUACUGACAAAUUGGAUAUUGGCCAAGGAUCUUUCGCCAAAUGGUUUGAAGACGCCAAGAAGGUUGGUGUAGAUGAACGAUCGGAUCUGUUGGAGAAGUGCAAAGACAUAGCGGAAGCACAUGAAGCCUCGGCCGCAGUUGGAGACACUGACACGGAGGUGGUGAAACAUCAUUUCAUUACCUACUGUAAUGUCGAUGGAAUUUUGUAUGAAAUUGGUAAGUGUGGGAAUAGGGAUGAGCUAGGGGUAGGGUUAUGGAUAUGGGGGUAGAAGUAGAGGUAAGGAGGGUAGGAGUAGAAGUAUGAGUUGACGUAGAUUUUAAAUAGUAUGCAAUUUUUUAAAUUUUUCUCGUAUUUUACAAUAUUUUUUAAUUUUUUGCCUUACCAUGGUACAAAAGAUUUUCUAUUAAAUUUCUUGUUUUUUUUCAGAUUCAGAUCAGCCAUUUCCAAGAGCAUGUGGCAAAACGACAGAAGAAAACCUAUUGAAAGACGCUGGAGCAAUAGUCAAACAACUUAUGGACAAGUUGGGGAAUGUAUCGUUUAGUUGUUUGGCAUUGGUCGGCAAUUCAUAG